UACUCGAGCUCUAAACCCCUUCGGAUUUCCUAUAUCCCCACCAUGCUUCGAUUCCACCCCCCAUGUCUUUUCUCCUUUAUACUGGACGUCUUCUCAGAAAACUAAAUGUCCAUCACUUCAUAUCUCGAAUACUUCUCCCAAUAAAACGCAACCCUAUCCUCCUUUCCUUCUCCAUCUUCCUCGCGAUUUACAUCGCAACAGAAAUAAUCUUCUCUAUCUCAUUUUUCGCCGCUCUCACUGGAUGGCUACCUGCUUUCCCCGCGACAUGGAGAGUCCUACUCAUGUUCCUCUUCGUAGUGCCCACAUUCACCUUUGUUCAAUUGUCCCGACUUUUACUUCCACUACUCUCAAGCAGAUGGGAUGGAGACGUGACCAUUUCCCAGCAGGGAUAUGCCAUGCUCCAGCGACGCCCUAUCGACUACCCAUUCGACGUUGCUGACGAGGAACACGCGUUGCUGGAAACAGCCGAAGAAGGUAGUGAGCGCUCUUCUAGGCCUGUGUCUCCGACUGCGCAUCUGGUGGCGCAUCAGUUUCAUAAAUUAUGGUGGAUACAGCUUCUGACCUAUACCAUCCUAUUUUGUGCGAGCACCUGGGUCGGAGCGCAUUAUGAACAGCCAGGCGAUGUGCGUUACAGAGAUGCAGUGCAGUCCGCCGUUGCACAUCCGUUAAGACAAGGGCACGGGAAACAAGAGAAAAUAUUCAUCGCUGCGUUAUUCUACAACAACGAACUAGUCAUACCCUACUGGCUCAACUCUCUCAUCCAAGCUAUACAUUAUCUCGGUCCAGACAACGUCUUCGUCUCGGUCGUCGAGAGCCACAGUACUGAUGCCUCGCCUAAGCUUCUUCGAGAACUAGAUGCAGACCUUGCACUCAUGGGCGUGUCGCGGCGCAUACUCACAGGAGAUGAGACUAUAUCCCGACCUGACUAUUUGGGCGGGAGGGAGCGCAUCGACUUCUUAGCUGCCACUCGUAACCGCGCACUUGAGCCCCUAAUGGAAGGAGGAUACGAUAAAGUUGUCUUCUCGAAUGACAUAUUUAUUGAGCCCGAGACCUUGGUAGAGUUACUGGAGACGAAUAAUGGAGACUAUGACAUGGCAUGCGGUCUGGACUUUGGGCAUUUCGGCGCAUACGAUAUGUGGGUCCUCCGAGAUCGACAAGCAAAACUCACCAGUGGAAUAUGGCCAUAUUUCUUCGACGAAGCUGACUAUCGCGCGAUGCAGACAGACUCUCCCGCACCUGUAUUCUCCUGCUGGAACGGUAUCGUCGUCUUCCCUGCAGAUCCUCUCAUUCCCAUACCCUUGCGAUCCAACCGCACGCUUUCCAUUGACCCUUUACCAUACGAAUUACCCUCGACACACCCAGCAACACAAGAUCCCACCAUGCGCGGUCCUACUCCCGCUCUGACACCCCCAAUACAGUUCCGCGCAUCUGCCCCAGGAGAAUGUUUCUCGUCAGAAAGCUUUUUGCUCCCAUACGACCUGAGACGACAAUUCAAUCUGCAGCGCAUAUAUGUAAACCCGAGGGUAAUCACUGCGUACAAAUGGAGAUAUUAUGCCUACUUCAAAUGGUUCAUGCGCCAUCCUGUACUCCGGUGGUGGAUCGAAAAGGUAUACAAUGGGGCAUGGAUGGCGAGAACUGUCUUGGUUGUGGGCGAUGCCACUCAGGUGUAUCGAUGGGACGGGGGGGAUUGUCAUCCGUGGUUUUGAGUUUGCAGAACCGUCAUGAGAUUACGAUUUGGACACAUCACUUAUGGAUUACACAUAUGGUAUCGACCUAGGAGCGCUGCAGUAUCACUGUCUGCGUUGGAUAUAAUACUUAUUAAUACAGUUCGUAGAUCACUCAAGCUCAAGGAUGGACUCGUGUCUUCUACUCAUCCCCAUCCUAAAUAGAAGAUCUGGUGGAGAGAAUUCUGUGC